AGAACAUUAUAUGGUCAAAAAAUGGUCUUUGAUAGUCUCGAUUGCAAAUGCUAUCCAUUAGCUCGAAAGGAUGAUACCAUCGUUGAAGAUUUCCAUGGGAUAAAGGCAAAUCCUGAUUCUGCCGAAACCAAAGAAUUCGUUAACAGAGUUAACAGCAUUUCGGAACGGUUUUUUAAAGGUUCAUCCAUUCGGGAAAAAAUUCGCAAAAGAUUAACACAACUAUGGAAUUAUGAAAAAUAUUAUUGUCCAUCGAAGAGAGGCAAAUAUUACUAUUAUUAUUACAAUACUGGGCUGCUAAAUCAGAACGUACUUUACCAACAAAAUAAUAUUAAUGAAAAGGGCCACGUUUUUUUGGAUCCCAAUAAAUUUUCUGAUGAUGGCACAGUUUCUAUUCGUAUCCAGUGCUUCUCAAAAGACGGUUCUAUCUUGGCAUUUGGUUUAUCGGAAAAAGGAAGUGAUUGGGUGACACUUCGAUUCCGAACUGCCGAAGGAGUGGAUGUGAAGGAUGUUGUGAAGGGAGUUAAAUAUAGUGGUCUCGCUUGGAUGCCUGACAAUAGCGGUGUUUUUUAUUCAGCUUAUCCCGAUUAUAAAGGUGCUUUGGAGGGAUGCGCAGUUGAAAAAAAUGAAUAUCAAUCGCUCUUCUUCCAUAAAAUGGGAACUGCACAAGAGGAUGAUGUUCUUAUUGCAGAUUUUAGAUCCGAUCCCCGUUGUGACCCGACAAAUAUGUUGUAUUAUUACGAUUUAUCAACCUUAGAAAAUAAUGAAAUCAAAGGAAAAUUGGAUCUUCUACCUCUUUUUGAUAAAGCGGACGCUAAAUAUGAGUUUAUCGGUAAUGAUGGAGAUUAUGCGUUUGUUCUUACAAACCACUCUUCACCUAUGUACAAACUUAUUCGAACAAAAUUUUCCACCGUUCAAGUUGGAUUAACAUGGGAAACUAUUAUUAAAGAGAAAGAGAAAUGUAAAUUAGAUUGGGUAAAAUUCGCUGGAAAAGAUCGCUUGAUAGUUGCUUAUUUGGAGGAUGUGAAGACGAAAUUGUAUGUAUAUUGCCCGAAUACUGGUGAACGUUUAUGUCAAAUACCUCUUGAUAUUGGGACAAUUUCUGGUGUAUUCUGCACAAUAUCUGUUAAUGAAUUAUUUCUCUUAUUUGAAUCGUUCUUCACGCCAGGCAUAAUUUAUCAUUGUGAUUUUCAAGGCCUUGAACUAUCGGAACCAUUGAAGCUUAAGGAAAUUCGGCGAAUAAAACUAUCAGAUGUUGAUACCAACGAAUUUUUUGUGAAACAAGUGUUUGCCUCAAAUCGCGAUGGGACUAAGGUGCCGAUGUAUAUUAUGCAUAAUUCUUCGAUCAAAUUGGAUGGUAACGCUCCUACAAUUCUUAAUGGUUAUGGUGGUUUUAACAGAAGCAUACUACCGAAUUUCUCAAUUUCUCGGCUUUUGUUCUUGGAGCACUUUAAUGGUAUUAUUGCGCAAGCUAAUCUUCGAGGUGGCGACGAAUAUGGCGAAAAAUGGCAUGAAGCUGGUAUGCUUGAACGUAAACAGAAUGUUUUUGACGAUUUCAUUGCUUCAGCGGAAUACCUGAUUAACAAUAAAUAUACAUCAUCUGAAAGACUUGCUAUACGUGGCGCUUCAAAUGGUGGGUUGCUAGUUGCUGCAUGUUCUCAACAGCGUCCUGAUUUGUUUGGAGCAGUAGUUAUUGAAGUUGGAGUGCUUGAUAUGUUGCGUUUCCAUAAAUUUGGUAUUGGUGGUGCUUGGAUACCGGAAUAUGGUGAUCCCGAUAAUCCAUCUCAUUUUUGCUUUUUAUAUAAAUACUCACCUUUGCAUAACAUACGUAUGCCACAGGCAAAUCAAUGGCCCUCAACUUUAUUAAUGACUGCCGACCAUGACGACCGCGUAGUGCCAUCGCAUUCACUUAAAUAUAUAGCUCGCCUUUAUGAAGAAAUAUUAAAGCAUGGUGACACCCAAACAAAUCCAGUCCUUAUACGUGUAGAGGUUAAAGCUGGACAUGGUUCUGGAAAGCCAACGAGCAAAUUGAUUGCGCAUUUGGUUGACAUGUUUAGUUUCUUGCAACGCGUUCUCGGAUUGACUUGGAAAGAUAAAUAG